AGCAAUAACAUCAUUGGUCCGGCGGGAUGGAAUACCUUUUUGCUUUGCCUCGGGGUGAUUUUUCUAUUUGGUCGCGAAAGAGUACUGUUCUUUGUUUGGUGAAACGACAUGGCUCCAUCGAAUAAUCUGGUAAGCUAGCAAGUAUUGUAUCAAAAUGUCAUUGGUCGGUGCUUGAAAAAUGUUUUCUCCCAAAAGGGCGUAUAUGUGGAAAAAAACACCCUUCUUUGGUGCAUUUGUUUGUUGUUGUUGCCUUUCUGACUUCGUUCAUGCGGCACGAAGACCAUGUCAGGCAAGUAUGGUUGGGCUCCGAAUUUCUCAGCUGGUCAUGAAUGUAGGAAUAUCGUUGGGUAGAGGCUCAGAUGAUCAGGCACAUGAGCAAGGUAGCACAUCUGCCAUCACGUUACCAGCACCCAUCAAAUCCUGUACAACCGAGCUGUCAAAGGGUUGACAAACAAGCGAGAAGAUGCUCAAAGCAUGGUGAUACACGAUAUCGCCUCUCUC